AUGUUCCUUAGACAGAUAUUUACUCUCCCUCUAUCUUUUUCUCCCUCCAUUUUAACUUACAUCUCCCUUUAUCUUUUUCUCCCUAUGUUCAUCUUUCCUUUCUUUCUCCUGUUCCUUUUACUCGGCAUCUCUCUUUCUCUCCCUAACCCUUUUCUCCAUCGCCGCUCUCUCUCUCCCUCUCCCUCUCCCUUCUAUAUCUUUUAUUGUGCCUCAUUCUUUCUUUACCUCUCCCUUUUAUUUCCAUCAUAUAUUCACUUUCAUUCUCCUCCCUCUCUCUCUCUCUCUCUCUUACAUGCAUUUAUUCUUUGGGCAUCUCGAUGUGGUGUAAUGAAAGACAGUCACACUGUAUAUAUAUCUCUCCCCUUUUAUCGCCAUCUUCCGUUCUACCUCUCUCUCUCUCUCUCUCUCUCUAUCUAUCUAUCUAUCUAUCUUUUUCUCUGUCCUAUCUAUCUAUCUAUCUAUCUAUCUAUCUAUCUAUCUAUCUCAAUCAUAAAUUUCUUUCUCUCUCCUCUCUCUCUCCCCUUCUCUCUCUCUCUCUUACGUGUCGCUUAUCAGAGGAAAACAUUUACUCUGCGUCUCGCUUUCUCUCCCUCUCCUUUUAUCUCCAUCUUUUGCUCUCUUUCUCUAUCCCUCUCCUUAUAUCUCGCUCUCUCUCUCUCACACACACGCUCGCACUCUCUCUCUCUCUUUCUCUCUCUCUCUAUCGUGCCUUUUUCCUUUCUUUCUUUCUUUCUUUCUUCUACUUCUAAUUCAUUUAUUCUGCUUCCUUCUUUCUUUACCACUCACUUAUUUCCAUCUCCUGCUCCUUCACUUUCUUUUUUGUCUGCCCCUCUCUCUUACGUGCAUAUAUCCUUUCUUUCUCUUGUAUCUUCGGGAAACAUUUACUCUGCAUCUCUCUUUCUGUCUCUCUCCAUCGUUCGCUUUUUCACAUUCUCUAUCUCUCUUUCCGUUUUUCUCUCUCACGUGCCUCUGUCCUUUCUUUUCUCCUAUUUGUUAGAGAGACACAUCAUAUUCUACCUCUCUCUCUCUCUCUCUCUCUCUCUCUCUACCUUCUUCUUUAUCUCCAUCUCCUGCUUUCUUUCUUUUUCCCCCUUUUCCCACACAAUUGUUGUCUUUCUGUUUCAAGUUCUUUAA